GAGAGGAAUCACUUAUGUAACUAGGACAGCAGAUUUAGUGGAAGGACAGCAGAGGCAGAGAGGCUCAGGAUGGGAGGAGUGGGCUGUCGGCAAGGGCAACAAACCCAAGUGGCUGCCUCUCAUAAGGGUGGCAACAUCCAGGUCCCCUGGGUCCGAGGCUGGAAGAGCCUCUGGUCAGGUGUGGGGACCAUGAGGUCAGGUCUGGAAGAAUUCUGGGAACUACAGGGGCAUCAGUGCCUGCAUCAGGAGACAUUAGAGAAGCCUCUGUCUGAAUGGCCUGUACCUCAGUUCAUCGACCUCUUUCUGCCAGAAUUUCCCAUAAGGCCCAUUAGGGGGCAGCAGCAGCUGAAGAUUUUAGGCCUAGUGGCCAAAGGAUCUUUUGGAACUGUCCUGAAGGUGCUAGAUUGUGCCCAGAAAGCUGUAUUUGCAGUGAAGGUGGUAUCCAAAAUAAAAGUCCUACAGAAAGACACACUGAGGCAGUGCAAAGAGGAAGUUAGCAUCCAGCGACAGAUCAACCAUCCUUUUGUACACAGCUUGGGAGACACCUGGCAGGGAAAACGGCACCUCUUUAUUAUGUGUAGCUACUGUAGCACAGAUCUGUACUCCCUAUGGUCUGCUGUUGGCUGUUUUCCUGAGGUUUCUGUCCGUCUCUUUGCAGCGGAGCUGGUCCUUGUGCUGUGUUAUCUCCAUGACUUGGGCAUCAUCCAUCGAGAUGUGAAGAUGGAGAAUGUUCUUGUGGAUGAACGAGGCCAUCUGAAACUGACAGACUUUGGUCUGUCCCGCUACUUGCCCCAGGGAACCCGAGCCUAUACUAUUUGUGGCACUCUUCAAUACAUGGCUCCUGAGGUCUUGAGUGGUGGCCCUUACAACCAUACUGCUGAUUGGUGGUCCCUGGGUGUCUUGCUUUUCUCUCUGGCAACUGGAAAGUUCCCAGUGGCUGCAGAGAGCAAUCAUGUGGCCAUGUUGGCAAGUGUGACACACUGUGACUCCAAGAUCCCUGCUUCUCUUAAAAAGGAGUUCUCACUCCUACUUCAAGAGUCCCUGAGACCUGAGGCAGCACCUUUGAGGACAUCACACCGGCCUUCAAAGGAUGAAUCUGACACUUUCAGAUCCAGGAAGAGCCUCACCCUGGAGUUGAAGUCUGCAUCCUGAGAAAGAGCCAGUCAAAUGGGGCUAGGUCACCUCUGCCAGGACCACAGACAGCAAGUACCACCUGGGGAGCCCUCACGCCACAAACCCAGAAUUGACUGCUCUAGUGCUGCUCCCUGUGCCUGUCUCACCCUCACCAAGCCCAUGGCUCAGCCAGUCCCCAGGCUUUUUGAGUACUUCGCUUCUUGGACCUUCUUCUGUAGGAGCCAGGUGACCACACUUCAGUCCAGGUCAUGCAGCCUUUUCUACCCUAAGCAGUAGCUCUGCUGUGGCACAAGGGAGAGAUCUAGGGACUCCUUGCCUCACAGUUCUCCAAGUCACUUGGAAUGUAUUAUUUUAUCUUAUGGUUUUAUUGCAUAAGUGAAAAUUUUACCAAACAGUGACAAUGUAAGGAAAUGGAGGCAAGGGAGAGGUGUUUAAAGAAAGGUUAUAGGUGAGCAAGUUUGAUGGCAGAGCAGUUAAAGUAUGAGAAGGGAGAACUCAUGAUAAAAAGGUAUGAUGUGGUCCCCAAGGCAGGCAUGUGGCUCCCAGUAAUUUCCAUGUCUCACAGAAGAUCCCUUAUACUUCAUUUCAGUUAAGUCACAUGUGUAUAUAGAAAAACUGGUUUCCACUGGAAGUUUGCUUUAAGAUUAUAUAUAGUAAUACUUGAAAUCUGGGGUUGUUAGUAGGAUGGGCAUUGUAAUUAAAGGCAGUUGAUAGGUUUUGAUUUCAGAUGGAGUCCCGAGACGGAACACUGUAGAAAGACAUCUCUUCCUCGACAGUAGACUCACUUGUGUAGACCUCACACUGCAUCUUCAUGUGGGAGCCCUCCAGUGAGAAUUGAAAAUACUGGUGUUCAGCAGCACUUCGGUGUUUCUCUACUUUUAAGAUAUUUUCUCUCUUGAUUUUGAUUUUAACUGGUAUCUGUAAAGAAGUUCAGAGGAGAAUCCUCAUGGGUAAUUUGGAAUUUGUAACAACAGCUCUAGGGAAGGAUUUUUCCUGAACAAUGACUUUGUGCUUUAAGUGUGCUGCCACUUGUAGGGUCAGGGCUUGCUAGUCUGUGUCUAUUACCAUGUCAGGUCACUCUUGUACCUUGUUACUGUGACAUUCACUAGGUGCUCUCAGGGACCUGAAUCCUCUGAAGGACAUGUUUGAGACAGUAGCAGUGAAUGAAGUAGUCCAUAGCCCACUUGUUUCCUGUGUUGCUGUUGCCUCUUUUUGGGUAGAAUGUAUUAAAACCCUGCCCUGUGUAUAGAUGCAACACUGUCUGUGCUGGGUGGGCUCUGCACCCAGAACUUCUGAUUCUGACUCAUCUGCUGUCUUUCCCUGCAUGAGGAGAGCCACCUCCCUGCAUCCUGAAGCUGAGGUGGAGGGGAAAAAGAAGAGAGAGCGUGGGUUCAGCCAGGUGGCUCUGGGGAGCUGCAGGGAGAGGAGGUGGCAAACUUCCAAGGGAACAAGAAGCAAAUGAAAAUUUGCUUCUAAUUGGAAGGGUUCAGACAGUUAGGUGGCAGCAGGGCUGCCUCGGGCCACUGCAUCUGCAGGUGUCUCACCACCCCCAGCCCUCUUACCCCUCUCCCUCUCAUGCUUACAGGUUAUUCCGUUCCCUUUCCCUCCUUAGUGCUCACACAUUUCAGACCUCUGAGCAGACAGCAGUGUUCCAGCCUUUGGUUCCCACCAUUCUUGGUGGUCAUCAAGCCUUGGGAUAAACUGUAGCUAGGAAGUAAGGCUUGGUUGCAAAAGGUGACUUUCCUCAAGCUUCACCUCUUCUGCCUCAGCAGUCACUUGGCGGUAAUGCAGGGUGGAGUUUCCAUUUCUCGAUGACCAGGUUCUAAAAUAUUUUCACAUGGAUUUUCUACUAGUAAUGUUACUGUGGUUCUCUGUUUUGAAAUAAAAGUUCUAAAUGGAAAAAAAAGUCUCUGGGGGCUGGAGGUUUAGCUCAGCGGCAUAAGCGCCUGCCUUGCAAGCAGGCAGUCGUGAAUUCGAUCCCUGGUACCGAUAAAAAGGAAAAAGGCAAAAAAAAAAAAAAAAGUCUCUGAUAAAAAUUGUAACUUUCAAAGUAGUUGGAUCGGGGCUGGGGAUUUAGCUCAGCGGCAUAAGUGCCUGCCUUGCAAGCAGGCAGUCGUGAGUUCGAUCCCCGGUACCGAUAAAAAGGAAAAAGACAAAAAAAAAACCCCAAAUAGUUGGAUCCUUAUUUCAUACCAUACCCAAAAUUAAUUCUAGAUAAAAUUUACAUAUGAUAAUCAAAACAUUAAAAUUCUUAGAAUAUCUGGGACUAGGCCUUUAAUCAGGUGAUGGAGGAGACACCUAAAUUAGGAAGGAAAAUGAAAGCACUUGAAACCUUGAUGAAUAAAUUGGUCAAUACAGGUGAGAAAUCUAGAUGCUAUGGCAACUACAUCUUGACGACAUAAAAACUAUGUCUGGGCCAAGGAUAUGGCUCAGCGGCACAGUGCCUGUGUGGAAAGUACAAGGUCAUAAGUUCAGUUGCUGGUACCCACCCAAAAACUUUAUGUCCACACAUACUAUUAUUCAAGUCAGUGGAAAAAAAACAGAUUAAGCCAGGUGUGGUGGCAUGUGCCUAUAAUACCCAUACUCAGAAGGCUGAGGCAGGAGUAUCUCUGCAAAUUCAAGACCAGCCUCAAUUAGAGUGAAAUCCUGUCUCAAAGGAAAAAAAAAAAAAAAGUGAUAGCAGCUAAUGUCUAUAACACAGAGGCUGUACAAAUUAGAACUCUUUUUUUUUUUUUUUUAAUCGGUACCAGGGAUCGAACUCACGACUGCCUACUUCCAAGGCAGGCGCUUAUGCCUCUGAGCUAAAUCCCCAGCCCCACAAGUUAGAAUUCUUUAAAAGGAAUUUGAAGUGAUAAAUUAGACGUAUAACAGUUGGUCUAGAAGGCUUUUUAGAAGACAUUGAGUGCAUAAAAAAAUGCAGAAAUGUAAGGAGGAAUCCAAUGUUUGUAAAGGACCCAGUGACCCCCACCUGUGGUGGGAGAGGAAAGAAAAUGUGAGAGAAAAGACCUGGAAGAGAGGAAGAAUGUAAGUGGAAAAAGGGAGGGAGGAAAACAAUCUUCAAACCCAGACUCCCCAGCUUAUGCAUCAAUUAAUUUGGGGGAAAAAUUGUGAUGUAUGUGUAUGUAAAUAAAGCUACCAUGUGUGUUUUUAUA